AUGUCUACCACCACAUCUCCCGGGAAUGGUGUAUUCCCCAAUGGCCCAACUAUGCGUCAACCCUCACUGUCCUGGCUAUACAGACUAGAAUGCGACAUUGCAAAAGAAGAGAUUAACAUUGGAGCCCCCCACAACAGUGGCACAAUCCGCAGCAUUGCCAACAUUGUGCGCGGGAGUGUCAAAGGCCCAGGCAUUGAAGGGGAAAUUCUGCCAUUGGGAGGUGCAGACUGGGCAACCGUUGUGAAAGGAACACACUCCAUGACCCUCGACGCCCGCUACACCGUCCGCACAUCCGACAAUCAAUACCUCUACAUCCGCGCGCACGGCCUAUACCGCCCCGGCCCAGGAACGAGGUAUGCAAAGUCCGUCGAGGAGAAUCCCGAGAUUGUGCCUCCUGCGACAGUUUCUCAGGACGAUGUUGAGUUCUUUUCGCAUCUGCGCAUUGAGGCCGGGCCGGGCCCGUACAACUGGCUGAAUGGGCUGGUGUGCUUGGGGGUUAUGUGUUGCGAGGGCGAGAAGAUCUGGAUCGAUGCUUAUUAUUUGACUAAUUUCCCUGAUGUGAAGCCGGAGGAUGUGGUGGCGAAGUGA